AUGGACACGUUGAAAAAGGUCAUCAUGGGUGAUCCAAAGGCCGCAUCUGGACAAGAGCCAGUAUCUGGUAGCCAAGGUCAAGGCACCGCCGACGCACCAUACGACCAAGGCAACCAAGAAGACAACGCCGACCUGGCUGGCAAAUCGGCUCAGAGCACAGGCGAGUCCCAACUGGCAACACCAAACAAGUCACAAUCGGGUCAGGAGCCGAUCUCCGGCAGUCAGGGUAAAGGCACUGCGGGCGAGCCUUUCGAUCAAGGAAACCAGGAGGACAAGUCAGACUUGGCAGGCAAAGCACCUCAACAUACAGGAUCUGCGGAGCUGGCACCUUCCUCCUCUUUGCCGCCCGACGAGUCUCUUCAGUCAUCAAGCAACACACCACAACAAUCCAUCAAGCCGCAGGGUGUUAGCACAGGUGAAAUUGGCAGUGACACGAAGCAGACCCCCGCACCACUGACCAAGAAACCUACAAUCGGAAGCUCUGGCUGGUUUACAAACGCCAACCCCUUCGCCCGCAAGGCUAGUGUCUCCGAAGUAGCUGCUGAAGACAAUGUUGACCCCAAGGCCAAAGAACCGAGCGGGGAGCAGUCUAGUGAGGGUGCAGAGAAGACCGACCUCGAGGGUAAAGACCUGCCACCGAAUCACCCUGGUGCCGAUGUUCCACCAGGUGUGAGUAACACUAUCGUCGAGCCGUCCAGCAUCUCACGGCCUCAGGAAGUCACAUCUGGCCUCCCAAAUCACCUCGGAGAAGAUGUGCCGCCUGGUCCAGCGGCCGUUAUGACCGAUAAAGGCAAAGGUAAGGCCAGGGCGAUAGACACCGACGAUAUCAAUAGUGACGCCAGCAAUCGAUCAGAAGUCACGAGGGACGAGUCCAUCAACACAGAGACAGGAUACACGCGAAGGACAUAUUCUACCGCUGACACUGGAGCUUCCAGCAUCUCCUCGAGACGACAGUCAGUCAUACAGCAGAGUGGCAGAAUCCCUACUGCGGGAGGCGUACCCCUCGGCGCCAGAGCUGCAGCAGAUCGACAGCACCGACUAGAUUCGUUCAUACCAGAGAACGAAGCCACGAGCUCCAGUAGCCGUCUUGGAACAUUCGAGUAUUACGGAUCGACCAAACCAAUAGCUCCUACGCAAGGCAUGCCCGAAGCUGGAAAGGGUACGGAUGUGGGUGCAACUAAGGCUACGGCGAUAGAUACACCUGCUACGAAGAGCGUCGAGGACGAAAAGAUUGCACGUCGUGCUUCGAAGAAAGUGAAAGGGUUCCGCAAGAGUAUCAGUAAAGCUUUCAAAGGACGGGAGGGCAGUCAGUAG